AUUACUGAAGGAAAAAGAGGACAAAAGUCAAUCCAAAAAUAAAUACAAAAAUAAAAAUGAAUUAACCUCAUCCUCACAUCAUAUCAAAAGUGAUUAUUUUCGGAUUUUGUGACUGUGUGUAUUGUAAUAACAUGUGUAUUAAUGCAUAGAUAGCGAAAUUGUUUUGUUUUCAUAUAGCUAUGUGUAUGGUACUAUACAUACACCAAACAUAGAUAUUUUUCUUGUUACACGUUUUCGAAUUUACACAUACUCUGGAAUUGAACACUCAGAACUAAUCAACGACAGCACUAAACUGAAUGUUAAAUACAUCCGACCAGUUUUCUCAACAACUUUAGCAGAGAAAAUAUAUAGAAUCAGUUUCGUUCGAGAUUGAACGUCAGGAAACUAAAUACGAAAAGUUACAUUGUUGUCACAAAAAAUGAAACUAUAAUGCAAUUAUAAGACCAUAAAUUCAUUUACCGUUGUACAUCUCUGUUUUUGUUUUGUGUUUUUGGUGGCGGUCUAAGAAAAAAAAAAUCCCAAAAAUCGUUUUUAAAAUGAGCGAUUUUCAUAUUCUAAAAGUAUAUACAAACAAUUUAAAUUGAGUGAGAUCUGAUCGUUUAUUUAAAUAUUAGACUAUUUACUUUGACUUCGGAUAUAGUAACAGAAGUUGUUAAACCAGUUAUAACACACACGAGUGUAUUACGACAUUUUGUACACUAACUUGCCGAUGAAAUAACAUUUUCUUCGCAAAGACUUUAAAACACCAUGAUGGAUCAGGAUAAUAUAGAAAACGUUGUAACAAGCCAUGGUUCCGAUGAAAACUCUCAAAUAAACAUAAGUGAUGUCAUUGAAGUUAUACAAACAACCGAUCCACAAGCACAAGCCAUGUUCAAUAACGUUGCCGAUGUCACAAUGCAAGCAUCACAAAUCCAUCCUCAACCACAAUCAAAUGCAAACACCAGCAACGCAGCGAAUAGUAGUAACAGUAUCAACAGUUAUCGAAGAAGUGCUUUCGUCAAAAUCACAGAGCAACCCGCAUCGAAGGCGCUCCGCUUUCGAUAUGAAUGUGAGGGUCGAUCGGCCGGAUCGAUUCCAGGUGUGUUGAGCUCACCAGAAAAUAAAACCUUUCCUAGCAUCCAGGUCGUUGGAUAUCGCGGAAGAGCAGUAGUUGUAGUGAGUUGCGUCACAAAGGACCCACCAUAUCGACCACACCCGCACAAUCUUGUCGGUAAGGAGGGGUGCAAAAAGGGAGUGUGUACAGUGGAAAUUAAUAGCGACACAAUGAGUGUUACGUUUAGCAAUUUGGGCAUACAAUGUGUGAAGAAACGGGACAUUGACGAGGCUUUAAGAGUGCGAGAAGAAAUAAGAGUCGAUCCUUAUAGAACUGGUUUCAAUCAUCGAUCUCAGCCAUCAAGCAUUGACUUAAAUGCAGUUCGACUAUGCUUUCAAGUAUUCCUUGAAAGUGAACAGCGAGGACGAUUCACAGUACCUUUGUCACCCGUUGUAUCUGACCCAAUAUUCGAUAAGAAGGCCAUGUCCGAUUUAGUAAUUUGUAAACUUAGUGAUGCAUCCUGUACUGUUGCUGGCGGCAAAGAGAUGAUACUUCUUUGCGAAAAGGUUGCCAAAGAAGAUAUUUCGGUGCGGUUUUUUGAAGAAAUCGACGAUAAUAUUGUUUGGGAGGGAUAUGGCGACUUUCAGCACACCAAUGUUCAUAAACAAGUAGCAAUAUGGUUUAGGACGCCGAGGUAUAAAUCCAUCGACAUUGAUCAACCAGUCAGGUGUUACGUUCAACUGAAAAGACCAUCUGAUGGAGUAACUAGUGAACCAUUGCCUUUCGACUAUCUUCCGUUGGACUCAGGUAGGCGUUCUAUAUGGACUACGCGUAAGGGUCAAAAUCAGAAAAGCAAUUUCGAUCUACUAAGUCGGUUGCUAGAUGAAAAUAAGUCAAUCCUCUCGUCCAACGGCGAGAAUAAGCCAGAAAUUAUAGACUUAGAUACACCGAUUGAGGAUUACAAAUCACUAGAAGAGAAACCAAUGGAUGAAGCACCUGAAGAGCAACACGAAACUUUACAUCAGAAUACUGACAAAACGACUGAAUGGAUUCAAAAAACUGAAUUCGAUCAGGAUGACGAGCAUUUAUUCAAAACUGAAAAUACGACCGACGAUGACAAAACAUUGAAUGAACUUUUAGAUCAGGUAGCCGAACUUGACGAAAUUUAUACGGACCAUCAGCUCAAAAUCGACAAUGGACAAAGCGAACAAGAAACGAAUGGCUUCGAACUGUCGCUGCCAAAAGCAACUGAUGAAGCGAGCAUGGAUUUUGACGAAUUAUUUGAUGAUGCAGCUACUUACACUAGUUUACAAAUUGCUUUCAAAAAUCCGGUUCCAAUUAUUGACUUACUUCCGCCUUCACCCCCAGUCAAUUAUAAUUUUAACAAUAUGCAUUAUGAUGCAGUUGAGCCUCAAAUUGUUACACCACUUGCUCCGAUAAUCGAUGUAGGUCCACUUAAACGAGAAAGUCCCACAUUAGAUGACGAAAAAUUACCCCCUCUACCCCCAAAGAGAGUAAAAAAAUCAAAUCCCAACAAUGAAAAUGAAAUGAUUCACGACAAUUUUCAGAGACAUGAUAUCGAAUCGAAUGUGUCAUCGUCACCGAAGAGCCCGUCGCAAAAAUCUACUCCUUCCAAAAUAAUAAUAAUGAAAACUCCUGAUCAAUCUCCUUUAAACAAACGACUUCCACCCACACCUUCUUCGAAUGUAAAUUCGAAUACGCUGCCCAAGCAGCACAAAAAGCCAGGAUUUUUUUCCAAAUUAUUUUCGCGACGCAAGAGUCGGAGCGAUGUAAAUGAAAAUGUUAAUGUGACCCAAAACACGACGGAUAUAUCACCCGAUCCAAGUCUCAGUAAUUUCAACCUAAACGAUCCCAAUCGAUCGUCGAUAAAGUCGCUACAAAUGCCGACGAAGAAAGCUCACAGUAAACCAGUCGGACGAAGUGUCAGUAGUGUCUCUGGUAAACGGCCGAACUUGACCGCCAAUAUCAUUCACAUACCAUUGAAAGGAGACAGUUUAAAUUCGAUUCCAAUGAAAACAGGAAGUGGAACGUUACUAGCUUUGCCGGGUACAGAGGCGUACGAGCGAGCGAGUACAGCAACUCUCAGUAAUAAUCUCGAUCGUAAAACAGUGAGCGCUCUGCAACUAGCAGACUUGCCUUUACAGGACGGUAAUAUGGAACUAAUUGCUAUUGCCGAUCGCCAAAGUCUAAAGAACUUAUGUGAAGGUGAAUUCGGUGUGCAAUUAGAUCCGAGUGUCGAUUUAACUGAAGCCGAACAUUAUGCUUUAUAUACAUCAAUCGCACCACAUGCUACCGAAAGUGAAUUUGAUGAGCAAUCUUGUUAUUAUGCCCCGGUAGAAGCUGGUGAAAUUUUGACUCAGAGUGAAGUAGCCAGACGAUUAGCUAGCAAUUUUUCCUAAUUUUACGGCAUUAUGAUUCGCAAGUCGAAUUGAACGAAUAAUGCUGGCUUACUAUUUAAAAAUUUAGUGUCUAAUGCUGCAGAUUAUACUUACUUGUUCAUAAUUAAAACGUGGAACUAUAUUUUGUAGACACCGUCGAGCUGAAACGUAAACGAUUAAAAAUUGGAAAUGAAUCGAAUUUAUUUAACCAUAUGCGAACCCAAAGUCAACAACAUCAAGAUGGUCAAUUAGGCCUGGGCUUACCAAACAUCACCGAUCCAAAGAUAAAGAAAGAACCA